AUGAAAAUUCCUCCCCUGUCCUCGACCAUCGAAAGGUUGAACUUGGUGGAGGAAAAGCGCCCUCCAUGGUCCGCGCGCUAAAAAAAGCGAUCGCAUUCAACCAAAUUACCACCCUCUCGUUCCCUUCGCCUCCAAAAUUCCGUUUCACAAUCCUAGCUCCCAACCUAAUCCCAAAAUCCAAACCAACCAACCCCCACAAUGGAACCCCCCAAGCCCGAAGCGGAAUCCCAAUCCCAUGUCUCCAACGGCCACUCCACCACCACCCCUAACGGAUCGGGAUCGGAACAGCAGGUUCCCAAGGAGAAACGCACCACGUCAUCCACCGGUACCACCAAAAAAUCCGUCCACUGGAGCCCCGAAUUGGUCACCGAAUCCACCUUCGCCUCUUCCCCUAAUGAAUCGCACUCCAAUCCAUAUUUUUCCUCCUCCUACUCUCAACAACCUGCUCCCAAUUUCAUGGAGACGAUGGUUACCGUUCGCAAUGUGCUGGGGAGAUGGGGUAGGAAGGUGGGAGAGGCUACAAGGAAGGCUGAGAGUCUCGCUGGAAACACGUGGCAGCACUUGAAAACAAGUCCUAGCUUUGCUGAAGCUGCUAUGGGGAGAAUUGCCCAGGGAACAAAAGUUCUGGCCGAAGGCGGAUAUGAGAAGAUUUUCCUGAACACGUUUGAAACAGGACCAGAGGAACGGCUUCAAAAUUCUUUUGCAUGUUAUUUGUCCACAUCAGCUGGUCCAGUGAUGGGAGUUUUGUAUAUAUCCACUGCAAAGAUUGCAUAUUCUAGUGACAAUCCUAUUUCCUAUAAAAAUAACAACCAAACAGAAUGGAGCUAUUAUAAGGUGAUCAUCCCAUUACACGAGCUAAAAGCAGUGCAUCCUUCAUCAAACACAACCAAUCCUGCUGAAAAGUACGUCCAGGUGAUUUCCGUUGACAAUCAUGAAUUUUGGUUUAUGGGCUUCUUGAACUAUGAGGGUGCUCUGGAGUGCCUGCAAGAAGCUCUUGAAGCUGGCAGACAUAUACAAUCAGAAGCAUAGUCUGUCCAAUGGAUCUAAAGAAAAAGAAGUAUAGUCUGUUCAUACGUUAGAGUUUCAAACCCCCAAUUAUAUUUUUCCCUUCCACAAAAGGUUUGUUUGUAGAUGUGAUAGAUAUGGUCUUGGAACUGUUGAUAAAUAUUCAGCCAACUUUUGGCUAUUUUGUGGAUAUGAAUUUACAGUAGGGGAUCCAUUAGAAUAGUGCAAAAGAGUUAUUCAGGGAAACUAGUUUGCAACUCUAAUGAACAAAUACUUUAAAAUCAAGACGUACACUGCAUAUUA